CGUACUCAAAUUCAAGGAGCCGGUUUCUUAGCGACGUAACGCAUUAGGAGCUGGUUUUCUUUUAAUUUGAUUUACUGUUUACAAGUAAUUGUUGAGUUUGUCAAUAGUCCUAUUUUAUCAUUGGGCUAGUCGUUAUUUCCACUCACUGGAUACGGAAGCAUUUAUGUUCAAGGAUCAAAUACGAGUCUUCACGAGAUCCGGAUGAGAGAGGAUUCCUGACGCAUUUUUUCCUAGCUACGACAACGUGGAUCACACGCCCGAUAGUGGAACUGGAUCCCACGACGUAAUAUUUGUAGAAUAAAUCACCAAUUUCGUGGAUUACAGGAAUGCUGCUGUCGAAAUUAAACUCAUUCGCUCAUAUCUCCACCGUUGAUAUGCCGGCGAAAAUCCAGCUUCAAAUGCACCAAGGUUAGAUUAAGCUUUUGUUGUUCGUUAUAGCUAGCAAGCUACUAUAGCUAGCUGGGCUCGCAAUAACAUUACUGUAUUUUAAAUACUCGUUUUCCCAUUCUGCUAUUUCGAUGUUUUGCAUUCACCCAUGUCACAUUACACUAGGUGGAAGCGUUGUAUUAACCGUAUAUUUUUGAAAAUGUACAGGGAAGGAGAGGGAGCCAUUUGAUAAGGUUUACCAGGUCGGCGCUGUGCUGGGAAGUGGUGGUUUUGGCACAGUGUAUUCUGGCACGAGAAUUUCAGAUGGAGCACUGGUUAGUAUUUUUUCCUAACGCAUUCGCUGAAAAAUAUUUAACGUUAUACAUCCAAAUCGGCUAAUCGAUGCAUUUUUGCAUGUUUUAUCAUGUAAUUUCAAGUUAGAUUAUUUUUUUCACACACAGGUUGCUGUCAAACAUGUGGCCAAGGAUCGGGUCUCGGACUGGGGAGAGUUGGUAAGGAUGCUUUUGGUUGUGCAUUUUAGCUAGUUUAACCAAAGUGAUAGUUGUUAAUCAUAUGUUGUACUAUUGUCUGCAGAAAUUUAACAUAUUUAUAUUUUAUUUUCAGCCCAAUGGCUCUCGUGUCCCUAUGGAGAUUCUACUCUUGAAGAAAGUUGGAAAUGGAGCUCGGGGGGUGAUAAAGAUGCUGGACUGGUAUGAGCGACCUGACAGUUUUAUAAUUGUCAUGGAACGACCAGAGAACGUCAAGGACCUCUUUGAUUUCAUCACUGAGAAGGGAGCCUUGCCAGAGGAGCUGGCAAAGAACUUUUUCCGUCAGGUUCUUGAAGCCGUGCGACACUGCCACAACUGUGGGGUUGUACACAGGGACAUCAAGGACGAAAAUAUCCUAAUCGAUCUUGGGACGGGCGAAAUUAAUCUUAUUGACUUUGGAUCCGGGGCAUUGCUCAAAGACACUGUUUACACCGACUUCGACGGUAAGCAUACCAGUUGAUAGACUUUAACCGUAGCCCAUUUUAGUGGUUUAACUGAAUGUAUUGAUUUGAGCGCCACCCUUUGGAGGAAAAGCAUAUUUUUACAACCUAAAGUUUGUAAACAUUGUCACGUCAGGCUCUCCUCACACACAUCUACUGUCAUGGUCUCUGGCGCCUGACCCCAAUAGGAGGCGCAGCUAUUGUUUAUAAUCUUUUAAUCCAUAAUAUCACAAUUUAUGAAAUUAUUUCCCAAUCUUAUUUUUAUUUAUUUAUUAUACAUGUCCAUUUUGAAAGGUUUGUUGACAUGUAUUCAUAGAAAUAGAACACAUCAUUGAAUCUAACUAUCAUUCGUAUUCUUUAUAUCCACAGGCACUAGAGUGUACAGUCCACCAGAAUGGAUCAAAUACCAUCGGUACCAUGGGCGGUCAGCCACAGUUUGGUCUCUGGGUGUCCUGCUGUAUGACAUGGUGUGUGGAGAUAUCCCCUUCGAGCAGGACGAGGAGAUUGUACGAGGCCAGGUGCUCUUCAGACGAAGAAUCUCCACAGGUGAGCCCAAAUAACUUAAACAAAACCUCAAACUUAAUCAACUAAACCAGUGGAAUAUUACUAAUGUAUUAGUCAUUGUGUAUCCAGUCUUAAGAACUGACUGACCGUUAUCCCCAUUCUUCUUCCAGAGUGCCAGCAGUUGAUCAAGUUGUGCCUGUCCCUGAGACCCGCUGAGAGGCCGUCGUUUGAGGACAUCAUCAAUCACCCGUGGAUGCAGAGCACAGUGUCCUCUGCUGAGCAGAGCAACAAGAUCAGACUGCACAGCAUCAGCCCUGAGCCUACCGCCUUCACCACCGUGCUGGCCCAGUGACUACAUCGCUGCACUGACAGAGACUAGUGUUACACUCAGAGGACUGACGUGGCUGUACUCUGAAACACAACAUAUACUAGACAGAAGGAAGUUACAGAUUCAUUUAGUUAAAUCUCUCCCUCUUUCUCUUGUGGCCAGACCCCACCUGUUCAGUCAGGUUUUGGACUUCAUGAAAACCAAAGUCCUUAAUGGCUACUUAAUUGGACACUGUAAUAGCGAAAGCUAUUCUCACCCCUACGAAGGACUUGCUCUAUAAUAUUGGCUGUGGAGUCCAUCCCUACCCAUGUGAUUGUUCUGCUGAAGGCAUGAACAAGUGGACAGACUUUGUUACAUAGCUAGCUACCAACCAGCUACUGUACUCUGCCCUCGCUCACUGAUGAGUGGGUGUCAGAGGAAGCAAAGAGGAGCAAAUCUAAGCGCCUUUGGUGUGAGUCAGAUUGUUGGGACCCUGGAAAUACUUGAAUUUCAUAAAGCCAACAUACUACUUCUUAUAAAAAAUUAAAUAAUACUUUACAAGGCUUUAUUUCCUAUCUCGUAGGACUCGAUCAGUAAAGCCUAUGCCAUAUUCCAAUGUCAACAGCAACAGGACAACCUCAUAUGGUGCACACAGACGUGUGCAAACAAGAACCUGAAAACUUACCUCACUUUCCUGCAUCCACCUCUGAGCUUUUAACUCCUGUCUACACAACUAGCACUCAUCCAUACCUGAAUGCACACUGAAAUGCAAAGCACCACACUGAAAUACUAAAUGUUCUGCUCUUUUGUUUAUGUGUAAACAAGUAUCUGAGUCUUUCGCCUAACAGGCGUAGCAUUGACGCCAUUGUGAGUAAUAUUUAUAUUGUGUGGUUUUUCUUUCACUUGAGCUACGUGGAAUUAUUUAUUUAUUUAAAGAGAUUUUCGGCUGUAUAUUUCAUUCCACAGUUAUUGAAGGGCCCACAGAUUAUUUAAACGUAUUUUCACCAUAUUUAUGGUUUGAAAUCUUCUGAGCAGACACAUGUGUGUAUAUGUAUAUAACCUUCAAAGCACUUCCAUUUUAAUGUAACAUUGAACGUCUACUGAUAAGGGUUUUUGUUACUGUAUUUGUCUGCUGUGGAUUUGGAUGAAAUGACUGGCAUACGUACAGCAACUUGUUUUCACCUCUAGUUGCAUGAUUGCGGCUUGUUUAGUUUUUUCAUCCAAAUGAGAAUUGUACAUUUUCAAUAAAUAUUUUUAUACAUUUUCAAUAAAUAUUUUUUUUACCUUGCCGUUUGUCUCGCUGGUUUUACUUCAAGAUACCAGGCUCAUGAUAGAAAGGUUAUGUCAAG